UCUAGCCACAUUCACACAGUACUACAUUUUGACAUUUCAAGAUAAAUGUAAAUAAAAACAGGUUAGAGGUUCAUUGUUUAUAUUUUGAUUGUAAAAGAGUGUCAAUAAAAAAAAACUAAAAAUGUCAUAUUUACGCGGAUCGGCGAACUACGUGUGGUGCACAACAAGCGUCCUGGGCAAGGGCGCAACCGGCGCAGUCUUCCAAGGCGUCGACAAGAACAACGGCGAGCCUGUCGCCGUCAAAACCUUCAACUCCCAGAGCCAAACUCGUCCAAUAGACGUCCAAAUGCGCGAAUUCCAAGUUUUAAAAAAAGUAAAGCACGAGAACAUAGUAAAACUCCUAGCAAUAGAAGAAGAGCAAGACGGCCGGGGCAAAGUGAUAGUAAUGGAGCUGUGCACCGGCGGGAGCCUGUUCAACAUCCUCGACGACCCUGAAAACACCUACGGCCUAGCAGAGAGCGAGUUUCUCUUAGUCCUAGAGCACCUGUGUGCAGGAAUGAAGCACCUCCGCGACAACAACCUGGUGCACCGCGACCUCAAACCCGGAAAUAUAAUGAAGUACAUUGCAGACGACGGCAGCACAAUCUACAAGCUCACCGACUUCGGAGCCGCCCGAGAAUUGAACGAAGACCAGCAGUUCUUUUCACUGUACGGCACUGAAGAGUACCUCCACCCGGACGUUUACGAGCGCGCAGUCCUCCGGAAGCCAGUAAAUAAAACCUUCGGAGCUACUGUUGACCUCUGGUCCAUCGGAGUGACUCUUUAUCAUGUAGCGACCGGCAAUUUACCCUUCCGACCCUUCGGCGGGCGGCGAAAUAAAGAGACCAUGUACUUUAUCACCACUCGGAAAGACUCUGGAGUAAUUUCUGGAGUCCAGGCUUAUGAAAACGCUCCUAUUGAGUGGAGCAAGGAGCUCCCGAAUAAUUGCAGGCUGAGUUAUGGUUUAAAAAAAAUUGUAACUCCGCUUUUAGCCGGCUUGUUGGAAGUCAACAAGCAGUACAUUUGGAGUUUUGAAAGAUUUUUUAAUCAAGUCACUGAUAUUUUGUGUAAAAAAGCUAUUCAUGUCUUCAAUUUUCAUACCAUGCAGUCUCUCCAAGCUUACUUGCAUCCUGAAGACAAACUUUCGGCUCUUAAAGCUCAUAUUCAGGAACAAACUGACAUUUUACCUCAUGCUCAGAUUAUUUUAUUUGGAGAAACGCUUCUCUCGAAAAUAAUUGACGAAAAUAGAGUCGCUAAAGGAUUUCCGGGGACUACAAUUGAAAAUCCUUUUUGUGUAUUUUCUAGAGAAAAUAAUAAUGUUGUUUCUGCGGUAAUUAAUGGCUUAAAUAAUUUACAAUCAACUGUUAUUAAUUCUUCUUCAUCUUCUACGAUUACUGGAACUACUGUUGGAAAUUCAGUGUCAAGUAAUUUAGAAGGAAUAUCAGCUGGAACUAAUUCUAAUUCUAAUUCUAACAGAGAUAAAAAAUGUGAAUCUAUUAUUUUUCCGACUUUUGCUAAUCUUGUUUCAGUAGAAAAUGACGCGAGUCAGGCGAAAUUAGCUUGCUCGGUUGGACACUCUUGUAAAAGGACUGUAGACAGAUUAGCAAUUGCUAGUAAAUUAUCUCAAGAUUCUGUCAAUGCUUUUGUUAAUCUUUUAUCUUCGGAGUUGAAGAGGUUGACUAAGCAGGUUGAUCAUUUGAGAGAGUUGACUAGAGCUGUGGAAAAAAUAUUUACUGCUGCUGAACGGGGCGAUGCUGUUGCAAUUCAGGCUAUUAAAAAAUUUUCUAACACUUCUUCUGUGCCUCAUUCGGUUGGUAAUGAGACUAAGAGUAAUGAGUGGCGUAUGGAAUUACACUUGAGGCAUAAACAAUUGUUUUCGGAACUAGCUCCUGCUAUUGCUCAACUUUAUCAGAGGUAUGUUAAAGAUGAAGUUUUAAAAGCAGAGUGGGAAUCGGCGACACGGCAAUUAACAUGCCCGUGGAAAACUAAAGCAAGUCAAAGAGCUUCGACUCUUGUUGAUAGACUUCGCGAUGGCUGGCAACAUCUUUUGAGAGAUCGGGCUACUCGGACACUUACCUAUAAUGAUGAACAGUUUCAUGUGUUAGAAAGGAUAAAGGUAACAGAAACUGGCCGUAGAUUAAAAAUGCUUUUAGAGACAGAAUGCAUACCCGCAAUAGUCCAACGAUCAGAGUCACUAGCUGACUGGUAUAAAAUGGUCCAAACAAUUUAUCUCCAAAGCCAAAUAUUAGAUAAAGACUUGAAGACUUACUAUAACUCAUUAGAGUCAUUUGCAUGUCGUAUGAGUCAAGAAAGCAACGAGCGUUACGAGACUCUAUCGUCUUAUAUAAAUACAUUACCAACAAAACAAUCAACGAGCCAGACUUCUAAUCUUCCGGAUUCCAUUCGUGAAGAGGGUACCAAAAUGUGGCGCAAUAUUUGCGACAUGCAGCAACAAAUAGCUUUGAUACUUUGCGAUAAUGAUCUGCUGGUUGAUAAAAUAAAUAAUUUGACUAUUAAUAAAAUUAAUAAUGAUAAUACUUUGACAGAGUUUAAUGAUUCUGAAAAAAAUUUAACAGACCAAGAUACCGACGAGGAGAUAAAUUAUAAAAGUAACCAACAAUACUUGUUAUCAUAG